AUUUUAUUAGUUAGUGGCUGGUUAGCAGAAAAAAAGCUGCACAGUCGUCUGAAGAAGAAGAAGAAGAAGAAGAAGAAGGAGAAGAAGAAGAAGAAAGAGAAGGAGACACAUUAUUAUUAUCAUUAUUAUUGUUAUUUUGCUGAAAUCAUUAGAGUUAGAAGUCGCGAUGGCUCCACAGAUAAAUGCUCGCUCCGUCUGUCAUCAUGGACUCUGAGAACGACGUGCCGAUGAAGGAGUACGUGAAGAUGAUGACCGAUAUGAUCGUGCUGUGUGCCACUUUGGCUCUGUCGCUCUUCUUCUGGGUGCUGUCCCUCGUCAUCAGCACCUACUCAGGCACACUGCAGCCUGUGUCGCCAUGGCGAUGGUUGUUCUCCAUCUUGGUUCCUCUGGUGGUGACGGUCAGAGCGCUGAAGAGACGCAGCCUCGAUAACUCAGGAGCUCUGGGAGCUCUCCUCGUCGGCUUCGUGCUGACGAUGGCCAACUACAGCUUCUUCACCUCUCUGCUGACUUUCUUCUUCACCUCCUCCAAACUGACCCGCUGGGGAGGAGCGCAGAAGAAGAAAAUAGACCCCGAUUACAAAGAAGGCGGUCAGAGGAAUUGGAUCCAGGUUUUCUGUAACGGAGGCGUUCCCACAGAGCUCGCCCUGCUUUACAUGAUAGAGGUGGGUCCAGGUGAGAUACCCGUUGAUUUCGGUAAGCAGUACUCCGCCUCCUGGAUGUGUCUCUCUCUGCUGGGCGCGCUCGCCUGCAGCACCGGAGACACCUGGGCGUCCGAGGUUGGGCCCGUCCUCAGCCAAUCACAGCCCAGACUCAUCACCACCUGGAAGGAAGUCCCGGCAGGAACAAACGGAGGAGUCACUCCCGUCGGAUUGGCCGCCAGCUUCCUGGGCGGGUUGGCGGUGGGUGGCGUUUACUUCGUGACGCAGCUCCUCCUGGUGGGCGACCUCCACCUGUCCGACCCUCAGUGGCCCAUCAUGGUUUACGGAGGCGUAGCCGGUCUGCUGGGGUCCAUGCUGGACUCCUUCCUCGGAGCUCACCUGCAGUAUUCAGGCUUCGACGCCAGCAUCGGUAAGGUUGUGAGUUACGAGUCGGCCACCACUCGGAGGAUUUGUGGGAAACCGAUUCUGGACAAUAACGCUGUGAAUCUUUUCUCCUCCGUCCUCGUGGCGCUCGUCCUGCCGGGUCUGGCCUGGGGAAUGUGGCCCCGAUAAGAUCAUCAUGAUUUAAAACGAAAAGGAAAGAAAAGGAAAGAAAAGGAAGAAAAGGAAGAAAAGAAAAGAAGAGUUUAAAAAAAAUAAAUGCUGACUGAUGAAAACGAGUGUUUCAUUGCUCUGACUCAGAGGGGUCAAACAUGAGGCCCGUGGGCCAGAACCGGCCCGCUGAGGGGUCCAAUCCGGCCCUUUUUCAUUCCUGUCUUCUUUUCCUUCCUUUCCUUCCUUCCUCCUUUUUUUCUUCCUUCCUUCCUUCCAUCUUUCCUUUCCAGUCUUCUUUUCCUUCCUUCAUGUCUUCUUUCCCUUCCUUCCUUCCUUCCUUCCUUCCUUCCUUCCUUCAUGUCUUCUUUUCCUUCCUUCCACCUUCGCUCCUCCCUCCCUCCUUUCUUUCUUUCUCCCUACCAUCCUGUCUUCCUUCCUUCCUUCACUCCUUCCUUUCUCCCUUCCUUCCUACCUCCCUCCCUCCUUUCUUUCUCCCUUCCAUCUUUCCUUUCUUCCUUCCCUCCUUCCUUCCU